CACAGUCUCUCUCCCAUACCCACGAACCAAAAGGUGGAUAAGAUUUCCAGACACUUCCAUUUCCCAUUCCCACCCAUCAGACUCCUACCAGAGAGCGAUAAAGCCCAACCGCUUCAUUGCAAACGAAACAAGACAAUGGCGACAGCGAGUGAGAUCGCGGCGGUGGGGGUGAUCGGCGCGGGGCAGAUGGGCUCGGGCAUCGCCCAGCUGGCCGCCGCCGCCGGCUGUGCCGUCCUUCUCCUCGACGCCGACCCCGCCGCCCUCUCCCUUGCCGUCGCCUCCAUCUCCGCCUCCCUACGCCGUCUCGCCGCCAAGGGCCAGCUCUCCCAGGCCGCGUGCGAAGACUCAAUCAAGCGGAUAAGGUGCGUCUCCACCGUGCAAGAUCUCAGGGACGCGGAUCUUGUGAUCGAGGCCAUCGUGGAGAAGGAAGAUGUCAAGAAGAAGCUGUUCGUGGAGCUGGAUAAGAUCACGAAGUCCUCGGCCAUCCUUGCGUCCAACACUAGCUCCAUCUCUAUAACCCGCCUGGCUUCAGCUACCAGACGCCCCUCUCAGGUCAUAGGCAUGCACUUCUUUAACCCUCCUCCGAUAAUGAAACUGAUCGAGAUUAUCCGAGGAGCUGAUACAUCAGAUGAGGUGUUUGCUGCAGUCAAAUCUUUUUCCGAAAGACUUGGGAAGUCCGUUAUAUGCUCGCAAGAUUACCCAGGAUUCAUUGUGAACCGCAUCCUCAUGCCGAUGAUCAAUGAGGCUUUUUGGGCACUGUACACCGGAGUGGCAACCAAAGAGGACAUUGACACAGGGAUGAAGUUGGGCACGAAUCACCCGAUGGGCCCUCUGCAGCUUGCCGAUUUCAUUGGGUUGGAUGUGUGCCUUUCAGUACUUCGGGUACUUCAUAGUGGCCUGGGAGAUAAUAAGUACAGCCCUUGCCCUCUUCUUGUUCAGUAUGUUGAUGCUGGCCGGCUUGGAAAGAAGCGUGGAGUAGGUGUAUAUUCAUAUGGACAGAAGUCUUCAUCAGUCAGGCCAAAGUCAUCUAUGUAAACAUGAAAGUAACUGUUGAGCAAAUAAAACAAGAUGUAGCAAUAGUAUGUAUGUUACAUUGCACAUCAGAGAACAAGGAGCACAACUUAAUUCAGAGGUUGCUGCUCAAUAUAGAAAAAAUGGUUCAGUGUUUUAAUCUAAUAAAUGGAAUUCAUGAAAAUUACAUGCUCAAAA